CAUCAAAAAUGUCAGAAACACCAGCAGAACAAACGAAGACAGAGCCAGUCCAGGCAGGGGAAGUUGCACGUCCACCACCGCUGCGCCUUCACAGAGGAAUCUCAGUACUAGACUUGGUCCUGAGAAUUGUUGCUGUUGCGGGAACAUUAGCAAGUUCCAUAGCCAUGGCUACGACGAAUCAAACGCUUCCCUUUAUCACUCAGAAUUUCCAAUUCAGGGCGGAGUAUAAUGACCUCCCCGCGUUCACGUUCUUCGUGAUCACGAAUUCUAUCGUAUGUGGAUAUCUUGUGUUCUCUCUCCCAUUAUCUAUCUUUCACAUCAUCAAGAGUGCUGCAAAGAAAAGUAGGAUUGUCUUGUUAACCUUCGACGCGGCAAUGCUGGCUCUAGUCACAGCAGGGGCCUCUGCAGCAGCAGCUACUGUAUACUUGGCUCAUAAGGGGAAUGUUAAUGCUAAUUGGCCUGCAGUUUGCCAACAAUUCGACUUGUUUUGUGAGCGAACUUCGGGUUCCUUGAUCGGCUCUUUUGGCUCAGCGAUCAUGCUUAUACUGAUUAUCAGUACCUCAGCUGUUGCCAUUUCUUUACUCUAAUUAGUACAUGUAACUUUGAAAUACUGA